GCUUAUGCCAACACUACUAACCAAACAGAGACCCUGCUUCGCAUGCGGCAUGCGAUUAAUAGCAAGUGACUUAGGCGGCCCCGGCCUUUGAACUUACAUACAAGCGCUCAACCAUGCCACCCAAGGAGGCAGAUGACAAGGCGCCGGCGGUCAAGCCCGCGGCACCGCGCGCGGCCGCCAGUCCCUCUCGUGCACGCCCGGGGGCCGCAGCCCCGAAACCCGCUACUGGUGCCGCUAAACCAGCAGUGACCACCACCGGGGCCGCCGCUAAGCCGACCUUGAAGCCGGCCUCAUCGAGCGCACCUUCAACGGCGACUGCAAUGAAGUCCUCAGGCGCAACCAAGCCAGCAGCAGGCGCGAGCAAGGUGCCAUCCGCAUCAUCUACUUCGUCGGUUAGCAAAGGCAGCACCGCCAAGCCAGUCGCCAAGGGCAGUACUGCUGCACCCACGGCAAAGAAAGCCGGAACGCCGGCGCCCGCUGCAAAGAAGAAGGCAGCGGCAGUAGAUGCCGCGGCAUCCGCCACAACGGAGGCCGCCAGCCCACCCACCGUCCCAGCGGAGGAUUCUCCCGAGGUCCUCGCCCGCAAGGCAGAACAGGAGCUGAAGUUGGCGGAGGAGCUGGAGGCUCUGCGCAAGGCGGCGUGGGCGGCGCAGCUGGAGUUUGAGCGGAAGCAGGAGGCCAAGCGCCACGCGGCGCGGGAAGAGGAGGCGCGGCGCAAGAAGGAGGAGGCGGCGCUGCGGAAGAAGCUGCUGGAGGCGGCGUAUGAUGGCGAGGACGAAGAGGUGCGGAAAGGUAUCGCCCGCGCCAAGGAGGCGGGCAUGCUGAAGCCGGACCCUGUGGACACGGCGGAUGGCCACGGCAACACGCUGCUCAGUGAGGCGGCCGCUGGAGGGGUCGAGUCCACCGUGGCCAUGUUGCUCGAGAUGGGCGCGGACCCCAACUCGCGCGGCGAGUUCAAGCGCACGCCGCUGUGGCGGGCUGCCUUCCUGGGCAAAGCAGAGGUGGUGCCGCUGCUGCUGGAGGGCGGAGCGGACCCGCGGAUAGGCAACGAGGGCGGCGAGCUGCCUGAUCACGUCGCGGCGGAGCCAAUCAAAGGGGUGCUCAAGGACUGGGACGUGGCGAAGACAGACGCACUGCUUCAGAAGUUCGAGGCGAUCCGGCUGGAGCGUGCCGCUGCAGCAUCAGCGGAGCGCGCGUAUGCAGUCAAGGGAGCAGAAGCAUCCGUGACGGCGUGCGAGGAGGCGCACAACAAGGCUCAGCUGGCGUUAAAGCACGCUCGCAUGGAGCUGGAGAAGCGCAUCUUUGAGUACGACACGUGCGUUGAGGAGAAGAAGCCCGACAGCCUCACGCAGGCGGCCCUUGACCAGGUACACGUCGCGGAGAAGGUGGUGGACGAGGCACGGGCGCGGGCUGCGGAGGCCAGUCAUGCGCUGGACGAGUCGCGGCUGCGGCUGCGUGAGGAGGUGGAGCAAGUGGCGGCGGACGAGGGCGGGGCGGACGCGGCGCUGCCCGGCAUACCCGUGCCCAUCAAGGCGCUCAACGACGUGCUCAUACGCGAUGUGGGCGGCAAACUGGCUGCCAGCAGCAAGUGGCCCCUUGUGGUCGACACCUCGGGGCAGGCCAGCGUCUUCCUGCGCUACCAGGACACAAACUACGUGAACGCGCUCAACGCACGGCACAUGGAGCCGCACACCCUACGCCGCUCCCUCCUGGGCGCCAUCCGGUACGGCAAGGCUAUGGUGCUGGACCUGCAGGACUGCGACCUGUGGCCGGAGAUGCCGCGCAUGUUCGACCAGGUGCAGCAAGGCCUGCUGGGCAAGGUGCUGGACCGCUCACUGCUGAAGAACGAGGCCUUUGCCUCGCUCAUCCGGGCAGAGGAUGGCGAGGAGUACGACAUCAACAAGUUCCAGGACAUCCGGAUCCGGUCCUUUGUGUUCAUUGUGCUGACGUCAGCGCGGCGGCCCAACAAGGACCUGGUGGAAGCGAUGUACACAUUGCGUGUGAUGGUGGCAGUGUGAGCGAGUGAGUGCGUGAGCAAGAUGUUGGUCGAGGAUUGAGGAUGAUCGACGUCGGAUCGGAGGUGGGGUGAGGCGAGACUGUCGACGGUGCAUGGCGCCGAAAGGGUGCCUGGGGAAGGGGUUACGGGGGUGAAGACGGAGUGGCGGCGGCAAGGGUGUUCUAUUGCGGUGUCCUAUCGUCUGCAAAGUUGUUGAUGCCAUAGAUUUGAUGACAGGUAGACAGGUACAGUGCAACGUGAGGGCGCAAUGUCUGUGACUGCGGCGACGCGUGUGCACUUCUAUUGACAUGUGUUGCGGAACUAAUGCGUACGUAGACCAGAGCGACUUCUAAUGCUCACCGUACACUGGCCAAACGUCCUUGCUGCACGCUGGCCUCCCCACCUUAUACUGUCCAACUUGUCCGCCUCGUUUAUCGCU